AUGUCUGAUACUCUAGGCACGUGUUGCGCGCUUGGACUCACUGCGUGCUGCGAUGUCAUGGCUGGAAUAUGUCUUGAUUUCAUGUCCAUACAGCACCUCUGUAGUACUAGCUGCUGCUCAUGUAGAAAGGCCAUUGACGACACUACAUCCGACGUUGAAAGAGCGCCUCUCAUCUACGAGAACAGACAGCCUAGUCCCCAUCCACCGAUGCAUAGCACUGAAUGCUUGUAA